GAUCGAAAAAGGCGGUAGUCAAACUUUUUUCUGUAAUCAAAUUAUACGCUUAGUGUGAAUGUUUUUCCAACACGCUGACUAAACUUCAAUUUAUUGGUUAUAUCCCUGCAUUUCAUUAAGGAACCAUGUCGUUUAACUUUGGCAACACUUCCACCCUCGGAUCGACGAGCACACCAGCUAAGCCUAAUGCGUUCGGAAGUUUCUCGUUUGGUGCCCAAGCAUCAACACCGGCGUUCGGUGCGGGCAACACUGGUGCCGUUCCGACUUUUGGUGCGACAACAGGCGUUUCUGCUUUCGGUGCUACUACCACUUCAGCGUUCGGAGCACCCGCCGCCGGAGUGGCAACAACGGGAACUGGCUUCGGAUCGCUAGGUUUUGGUAAUACCGCUGCGACCGGAACAACAGCAAGCACAGCGUCUACUUUCGGGUUUGGAACGAAUGCGGGACCGAUGGCCACUCCUGCCUUCGGUGGAUUCGGAACUUCGACAACUUCGACGACCGGAGCGCCCGCUUUCGGUAGUUUCGGGGCCACUACUGCAACCAGUACCAGUGCUCCGGCAUUUGGAAGUUUCGGUUCCACUGCGGUACAACCGUUCGGUAGUACUUCUAUUGCUACUUCUUCGGCCCCUUCAUUCUUCGGUGGCCUUGGCACUACGCAGCCCACCGGUACGGCCGCUUUCGGUGGAUUCGGUUCUGGAACUACCUUCGGCGGUGGUCAAACGACCUUUGGACAGCCAACAGGAGGUUUAACCUUUGGUCAACCUUCAUUCGGUCAGCAACAGCAGCAACAGCAACUACAACAGUUUCAAGCUCUCUCGCCUGAGCAAGCGUUCAUCGAAUCCGUUUUCAAUGUGUCCAUUUUUGCUGAUGAACGCGACACAGUCCUGGCGAAGUGGAACUACCUACAGGCAAUGCUUGGGACGGGCAAAUCGUUCUACUCGCAACAGGUUGCCCCGGUUGAGAUUACGCCAUCAAAUUUUCUGUGCCGGUUCAAGACGAUGAGCUACAGCAAGCUACCAGGGAAGGAGAACAAGUUUGGGCUCGUAGGGCUGACAAUUAACAAAACGGCGGCUCUGAUGAAAGAGCAACAGCAACAGUUCAUUGUGAGCAUGAAUCAGAUUUUCGGCAACAAACCGAACGUCAUGAUCACGGUGGACAGCAUGAAGCCAAUUAGCGAUGCCAAGGUGCAGUUGGUCAUGUACAUUGAAGAGAAGUCGACAAUUUCGAACGAAACCAAACGUGUUCUCGCAACGGAGGUAGCCGCUUACCUUAACCAACCGAUGCCGAAACAACAAUUAUCAUCACUUGGUAUCGAAUCUGUUGUUCCGCUGGUACUGCCCGAAGAUGAUCAGUUGAAAGAGUAUCUAGACAAUCCGCCCAAAGGCAUCGAUCCGCGCAUGUGGGAACAAGCGAAGAUCGACAAUCCCGACCCGAAGCGGUUUAUCCCGGUACCGAUGAUUGGUUUUCAGGAUCUCAAAUGGCGCAUCAAGUGUCAAGAAACGGAAACAGAAAUUCAUGCAGCUUAUUUGGCUAAAGUUGAGAAGGAAAUCGGGGAUUUGAAACAGCGGCACAUAAACACAACGGCCAAAGUUGCCGAACAUCGGCGCAAUUUCACCGAACUUAGCCAUCGUAUUCUACGGAUCAUCGUGAAACAGGAAAGCACUAGGAAAUUGGGACUAUCUUUAUCACCGGAAGAAGAAGCAAUCCGUUCAAAGCUGGAAAAUAUGCACGCGCUCGUCUCGACACCAACCCAGUUCCGCGGCCGUCUGAGCGAACUGCUUUCGCAAAUGCGAAUGCAACGUAACCAAUGGGCUCACGCUAACUUUACCAAUGAGUACACGCUCGACAAGGAAGCUUCGCACGAAAUGCAGUCUUUCUUGACAAUGCAGCAAAAGGCAGUGGCGUUCCUAAUAGAUACCAUUAAUGGAGACAUGAAGACACUGAAAGUUAUCACCGAUGGCAUGACGCAUCUGGUGCAGGGAUAGAAAGGAGUUCUAAGAAAUUCUUGUUUUGGAUGCUGCAAGCCGGUGAUUGUCAUUAUCUCGAAAAACUCGGAUAAAAGUAUUUCCGAAGGAAAUUAUUGAAGGAAUAAACAAAUUAACCUUAUG